ACUGCCUUGUGGGUCAGAGCGGAGCGUGUGCAGUCUGAGCCAGUUUGCUGUUUUGAGUGACCUCAAUGGAGGCCUUGUGUUUUGUGCUCCUUUUUUCUGGCGUCUGCGUUCAGUCGUCUGUGGCCUUCCCACCAACACGUUACACGCAGCAUGCUUUGUUUCAGAGGCCGGAUCUUGAACAGAGCCAGAGCUCCCAGCUCGCUGGGCCCGAGCAGCAGAAGGAUCCAUCUGAGGAACGAGAGCAGGUGAACACUGUCAGAGUGACCUGCCACCCGGACUCACUGGAGAUCAUCAUCCAAGCUGACAUGUUUGGAGUCGGAGCUCCUGUUCAAAGCGAUGAGUUGCGCCUCGGAGUGGAGCACGAUGGUUCCUGUAGAGCUGCGGGGAUUUCACGAGAUGAGUACAGGAUAUAUGUCGGACUCAUGGACUGCGGCACCAAGCACUGGAUGACUGAUGACAACCUGGUCUACACAAACCUCCUCAUUUACUCCCCUGAGGCCUCUCCAGAUGGGCUGAUUCGGAUGGAUGAGGCUGUCGUUCCAAUUGAAUGUCACUAUGAAAGGAAGUACAGUUUGUCCAGUUCCUCCCUCACUCCUACCUGGAUCCCCAUCACGUCGACACAAGCUGCAGUGGAAACCCUGGACUUCAACCUGAGAGUCAUGACCAAUGACUGGCUUUAUGAAAGAGGCUCUAAUGUGUUUUUCCUCGGCGAGCCAAUCAGCAUCGAGGCCUCGGUCCGGGUUGGACAUCACAUGGGGCUGCGGGUGUUUGUGAGCAGCUGUGUGGCUACACUUGACCCAGACAUUUACUCUGUGCCCAGAUACAUCUUUGUUGAUAACGGCUGCUUGGUUGACUCCCAGCUUCCUGGUUCGAGGUCUCUCUUCUUACCCAGGAUGCAAGAUGACAAGCUCCACAUGGUCAUUGAUGCCUUUAGGUUUCAUAAUGAGGACAGAGGAGAGCUCUACAUCACCUGUCACCUGAAUGCCGUACCAGUCAAUGAUGCAGAAGCACCAAAUAAGGCUUGCACGCUCAUAAAUGGGAGAUGGCGCUCAGUUGACAGUAAUGACUUCCUGUGUGGACACUGUCAAAACCAAAAUGAAGUUGGUCAAACCCUCGGUAAGCCCAGCAGCCCUGGCAAGUUUGGUCCUCGUGGGUUUGGGAAGCCAGAUGAACCUAAACCCUCAUGGAGAAGUGCACUAAAGACCAAUAUGGUGUGGGAACAGGAGGCAAGUGUGGGUCCGAUGCUGGUCUUACCUGCUAGACACAAAAGUGGGCCUCUCCCUGUGGAAGAGCUCCCUCCUGUUCUCAAUCAAAUCAGCAGACCUGCCCUCUACAGCAGCCGGUGGAGAAGUGGAGUGAACAACAGAAGAGCUGAUCUGAAGCAGCUUCAUGGCUCAUCUCCACCAGACCUGGUGGAGGAGGGAGAUGACAAAAGUGGAACAGAUGGAGAUGAAGAACAUGAGGCAGCACCUCUAGAAAGGAUGGCUCCUGAGAUCAUGAUGAACAAUGUCUCCACAGCAGCUGACGUCAGCCCCAUCACUCCAAUUAAACUGGAUGUGACUCUGUCAAAUGCAACUGCUACAGAAUCUGACCUUUCUGAACCAAAUGACCCAAAGAGAAAAUAAACAAUUACAAACUAAAAGUUG